GUCGUGGUGUGUGUGUGUGUGUGUUGGUGCUGUCAAAAUCGGCUGUCUCUGCUGAUGCCGGUACACUGUUGAUUUUGCGCGUGCUAUUCGUAAACAUUCCUUGGUGCGUGCUGCCUCGUUGUGCAUGUUGCGCUUUCGUAAAGGAGCAGGCUUUCAAUGUGUGGUGGUGCGGUAGGAUUUGGAGUUAACUUCUCGGAAACACGACACACACAAAGCGUUUGGUCUGUGUCUCCCUUUCCUUUCAAACGAUCCGGCAGCAGUAGCAGGGGAUGUAGGUAGAACUGGUGGCGAGUAGUGUAGUAGGUUUUUGCCUGGAUAGACGUUAUUUGAGGAACGAAAGUGGCUCGGUGCAGUUAAACCCAGUAGUAGUGUGUGCAGCUUUGACUGCAGUGUGCCUUACCGCUACCACCGAGUGGAAGUAACAAGCUCUGUGAUAUACAAACUGCUUGCUGAUCGCCAUUACGAAUCGAAGAGAGAGAAGAGAGGGUCGUCACGCCGUUAGUUACUCUACACUAAACUGCUGCCCCGCUUACGGACGACUUGAGCCUGCGUGAUCUUUCUACAGAAUCGUUACGCAUUUGGAGGAAAUUUGCAGCCCGACACCAUCACUUCAGCGGCGUGCUUAAAAUCGAUCUAGGAAGAUGAGUGACGAUUGGGAAGAGUGUGACGAGGGACGAAGCUUCGAUCAGGCUAAUUUCAACGAUGUGAGCGAAAGCGUUGCCAAUGGCGAUACGGGCAACGGGUUUGGCGAAUCGAGCAACGGGUUCGGCGAUUACGAGUCGAACAAUGGUUUCCACAAUGAAGGCACAAACGGGUACGGUAGCUACGAGAAUGGCGACGAUGUAGGAGGCUACGGUGGACGUGGUCGUGGUGGUGGUGGCGGCCGUGGCCGUGGUGGACGAGGCGGUGGUCGCGGCCGUGGAGGUGGUCGUGGCCGUGGAGGUGGUGGCUUUGGCUAUGGGGACGAUCGUCCACCGUACUCCGGCAACGAUCCCAGCAUGGACCAGGUGAAGUCGGACAAACCCAAGAGCCUGUACAUCCCGCCGCUACCCACUGAGGACGAAUCGUUGAUCUUUGGGUCGGGCAUUAGUUCGGGCAUCAACUUUGAAAAGUUCGACGACAUCGAGGUGCGCGUUUCGGGCGAAAAUCCACCGAACCAGGUGGACAGCUUCGAAACGUCCGGACUGCGGGAAGAGGUGAUGACGAACGUGCGCAAGUCGAAGUACACGAAGCCGACACCCAUCCAGCGCUACGCCAUCCCCAUCAUCCUGGCCGGGCGCGAUCUGAUGGCCUGCGCACAGACCGGUUCGGGCAAAACGGCUGCCUUCAUGCUGCCCAUGAUCCACAACCUGCUCGAUCUGGAGGACGGGCUGGAGCUACGUACGCGCAAUCCGUACAUCGUCAUUGUGGCUCCGACCCGCGAGCUUGCCAUUCAGAUCCACGACGAAGGGCGUAAAUUUGCACACGGAACCAAGCUGAAGGUGUGUGUGUCAUACGGAGGGACGGCAGUACAUCACCAGCUGCAGCUGUUGCGCGGCGGAUGCCACAUCUUGGUCGGUACACCCGGUCGAUUGCAGGACUUCAUUGACCGCGGGCACAUAAGCAUGGAGAAUGUGAAAUUUAUGGUGCUCGACGAAGCUGAUCGGAUGCUGGACAUGGGUUUCCUGCCGGCGAUCGAGAAGUUGAUGGGCCACCCGACGAUGCCGGACAAAACGAACCGGCAGACGCUGAUGUUUUCGGCCACGUUCCCGGCCGAAAUUCAGGAAUUGGCGGGCAAAUUUUUGAACAGCUACAUUUGCGUGUUCGUCGGAAUCGUGGGCGGUGCCUGUUCCGAUGUGGAGCAAACCAUCCAUCAGGUGGAGAAGUUUAAGAAGCGCAAAAAGCUGGAAGAGAUCCUGAACGAAGGUAACCCGAAGGGUACGCUGGUGUUUGUGGAGACGAAGCGGAACGCCGACUAUCUGGCGUCGCUCAUGUCCGAGACCCAGUUCCCGACCACCUCCAUCCACGGCGAUCGAUUGCAGCGGGAACGGGAAAUGGCGCUGGACGACUUCAAGUUUGGGCGGAUGGAUGUGCUGAUUGCGACAUCGGUAGCUGCCCGCGGGCUAGACAUUAAGAAUGUGUCCCACGUCAUUAACUACGAUCUGCCAAAGAGCAUUGACGAUUACGUGCACCGUAUCGGGCGUACCGGUCGCGUCGGAAACAAGGGACGAGCGACCAGCUUUUACGACCCGGAGGCGGACCAGGCCAUGGCGAGCGAUCUGGUGAAGAUACUUACGCAGGCCGGGCAACCGGUGCCGGACUUUCUGAAGGAUGCUGGCGGUUCAGGCUCGUACAUGAGAUCGUCACAGUUCGGUGGCAGGGACAUUCGCGAUUCGCAUGGUUCACGCGUUGACGCGCAGCCGGCUGCAUUGGAACCGGAGGAAGCGUGGGACUAACGAGAGUUCGGUGCGAAUCUCUCUCUUGAUUUUUCCCGUUUUUUUUCCUUAUAAUUACAACAUUAGCGAAACUUCAGCGCGAGUAAGUUUCGUAAACAAAAGAGCUAGAGUAAAACUCUCUAUAUUCCCUCGUAUAGCGAAGUGCGUGAUGAUUUUUCUACAUUUAAUGACACUAUGUACUAAAAAAAAAGCAUGGCGCAGCGGGGCUGUUGAAUAAAUGGUUGUUAGCCCCUCAGGGGUGGAACUUGA